GAAGCAGAGUGUCGCAGAGCACUACAAGGGUGCUACCACAGCUCGUUGUAGCAAGUCGGCCAAGCUGCUGUACGAUGCCGUCGCCAGUGGCGACCUUCACACGUGCAGAGAGGAACUCCAACUGAGACCCGAGCUCAAGGAGGCGGUCAACGGCGCCGGCGAGACGCCGCUGGCCGUAGCUUCGCGCCAGGGUGAUUUGGCUACCUGCAAGCUCCUAAUCUCGCUCCGCGCCGAUGUGGAGUCUGUUGAUGCUUCGAACUCCACGCCACUGGGUUUGGCAGCGCGAUCGGGCCACCGGGAGAUUUGUCAGCUUCUGUUGGAUCACGGGGCGGACAUCGAAGCUGCCGACUGCGGCGUUCGAAGCAUCGGCUGCUCCCUUCUCUGA